GGUAGGUAAAGCGGCGACGGCGGCAGCGAGGGAGAGUGGAGGCUUCCCCACUAGAGGUGGGGCACUCGGCAGGGUGUGGGUUCUUGGGUGUACUCUAUAUAUACAGUGGCUGCAGAAUCCAGAAGAGGUCAUCAGAUUCCCUAGAUCUGAAGUUGCAAGCAUCUGUGAGUUGCCCAAUACGCUCAUUUAAUACUUCAACAUUGAACAAAUGUAUAAAAGUUUCUUGCCAAGCACUGAAAAUUUCUUCGUUGGAACAUUUUUUUUCCUACUUACUGAAUAACUUUGUAGAAGAUCCUUUUUUGGUGCCAUGUUCCAUGGCUUACAUCAAAAAAGGAGUUUGUCUUCAUGAAGAUUCCUAACAUUGGUAAUGUGAUGAAUAAAUUUGAGAUCCUUGGGGUUGUAGGUGAAGGAGCCUAUGGAGUUGUACUUAAAUGCAGACACAAGGCGUGCAAUCACUUGGUGUGCCCACUUCCCUUUUAAGUGGAAGAACAACGAAUGGGCACCAUGAAUGACUGGAGUACCUUAGUCCAGCUGCUGGAAAAGGUUCAACCCUACUCCACAACUGGAGGAAAGGAAACACAUGAAAUUGUGGCAAUCAAGAAAUUCAAGGAUAGUGAAGAAAAUGAAGAAGUCAAGGAAACGACUUUACGAGAGCUUAAAAUGCUUCGCACUCUCAAGCAGGAAAACAUUGUGGAGCUAAAGGAAGCCUUUCGUCGGAGAGGGAAAUUAUACCUGGUGUUUGAGUAUGUUGAGAAAAAUAUGCUUGAAUUGCUGGAAGAAAUGCCAAAUGGAGUUCCACCUGAGAAAGUGAAAAGCUACAUUUACCAACUAAUCAAAGCUAUUCACUGGUGCCACAAGAACGACAUUGUCCAUAGAGACAUAAAGCCUGAAAAUCUUUUAAUUAGCCACAAUGAUGUCUUGAAGCUAUGUGACUUUGGUUUUGCUCGGAAUCUCUCAGAAGGCAAUAAUGCUAAUUACACAGAAUAUGUGGCUACAAGGUGGUACCGAUCCCCAGAACUGCUACUUGGAGCUCCCUAUGGAAAGUCUGUGGACAUGUGGUCGGUGGGCUGUAUUCUUGGGGAGCUUAGUGAUGGACAGCCCCUAUUUCCUGGAGAAAGUGAAAUUGACCAACUCUUUACUAUUCAGAAGGUGCUAGGACCACUUCCAUCUGAGCAGAUGAAGCUCUUCUAUAGUAAUCCUCGUUUCCAUGGGCUCCGGUUUCCAGCUGUUAACCAUCCUCAAUCAUUAGAGAGAAGAUACCUUGGAAUUUUAAAUAGUGUUUUACUUGACCUAAUGAAGAAUUUACUGAAGUUGGACCCAGCUGACAGAUACUUGACAGAGCAGUGUUUGAAUCACCCCACAUUUCAAACGCAGAGACUUUUGGAUCGGUCGCCUUCAAGGUCAACAAAAAGGAAACCAUAUCAUGUGGAAAGCAGCACACUGUCUAAUAGAAACCCAUCCAGCAAGGGUGCUGCUUUACAGACUCACCACAGAUCCAACAGCAAGGACAUUCAGAACUUAAGCGUGGGUCUGCCCAGGGCUGAUGAAGGCCUUCCUGCAAAUGAAAGCUUCCUAAAUGGAAAUCUUGCUGGAGCUACUCUCAGUCCAAUGCAUACCAAAACAUACCAAGCAAGCACCCAGCCUGGGUCCUCCAGCAAAGAUCUGACAAACAAUAAUAUACCGCACCUUCUCAGCCCAAAAGAAGGCAAGUCCAAAACAGAGUUUGACUUCAAUCUUGACCCAAAGCCUUCAGAAGGUCCAGGCACAAAGUACCUCAAGUCCAGCAGCAGAUCUCAGCAGAACAGGCACUCAUUCAUGGAAAGCUCUCAGAGCAAAGCUGGCACACUACAGCCUAGUGAGAAGCAGAGUCGGCACAGCUAUAUCGACACCAUUCCCCAGUCCUCCAGGAGUCCAUCGUACAGGGCGAAGGCCAAAAGCCAUGGGGCAUUGAGUGACUCCAAGUCUGUUAGUAACCUAUCAGAAGCCAGAGCCCAAAUCACCGAGACUAAUCCCAGUAGAUACUUCCCAUCCAGUUGCUUGGACUUGAACUCUCCCACCAGCCCAACUCCCACCAGGCACAGUGACACAAGAACUUUGCUCAGUCCUUCAGGUCGAAACAAUCGAACCGAGGGCACUCUGGACUCACGGCGAACCACCACCAGACACUCAAAAACUGUGGAAGAACUGAAGCUGCCGGAGCACAUAGACAGCAGCCAUUCACAUUCGCUGUCUACACCUCAUGAAUCAUUUUCUUAUGGGCUAGGCUACACUAGCCCCUUCUCCUCUCAGCAACGUCCUCACAGGCAUUCCAUGUAUGUGACCCGGGACAAAGUGAGAGCUAAAGGCGUUGAUGGAAGCCUGAGCAUAGGACAAGGGAUGGCAGCUAGAGCCAACAGCUUGCAGUUCUUAUCUCCCCAGCCUGGAGAACAGCUCCCUCCAGAGAUGACUGUGGCGAGACCUUCUGUCAAAGAAUCCUCCCGAGAAGGCACCUCUUCAUUCCACACCCGUCAGAAGUCUGAGGGUGGAGUAUACCAUGACCCACACUCUGAAGAUAGCACGGCACCCAAGGAAAAUAGGCAUCUGUACAAUGAUCCUGUCCCAAGGAGAGUUGGUAGCUUUUAUAGAGUGCCAUCUCCACGACCAGACAAUUCUUUCCAUGAAAAUAAUGUGUCCACUCGAGUUUCAUCUCUGCCAUCUGAUAGCAGCUCUGGGACUAAUCAUUCGAAAAGACAACCAGGAUUCGAUCCAUGGAAAAGUCCUGAGAAUAUUAGUCAUUCUGAUCAACUCAAAGAAAAGGAGAAGCAAGGUUUUUUCAGGUCUAUGAAAAAGAAAAAGAAGAAAACUCAAACAAUAGACUCCACCAACGGAGAGAAUCCAAGCAUCAAGAAAUCCCUCUUUCCUCUUUUUAAUUCAAAGAAUCAUUUAAAGCAUAGUUCUUCUUUGAAAAAGCUUCCUCUAGUCACUCCACCCAUGGUGCCCAACACUGAUGGUCCCGAUCUGUUGACCUUGCAGAAAGCCAUUCACUCUUCUAGCACUGCAAGCAGCAGACCAAAGGAGUGGAGACCUGAGAAGCUCUCUGAUCUACAGACCCAGAGCCAACCGCUAAAAUCCCUUCGCAAGUUGUUGCAUCUCUCUUCAUCGACCAAUCAUCCGGCCUCUUCAGAUCCUCGUUUCCAGCCCUUAACAGCUCAACAAACCAAAAAUUCCUUCUCAGAAAUUCGGAUUCAUUCCCUGAGUCAGGCCUCAGGUGGGAGCAGCAACAUCCGACAAGAGCCUACACCAAAGGGCAGACCAGCCCUUCAGCUUCCAGGUCAGAUGGAUCCUGGUUGGCACGUGUCCUCUGUGAGCAGGAGUGCCACAGAGGGGCCUUCCUAUUCUGAACAGCUGGGUGCCAAGAGUGGGCCAAACGGGCACCCUUAUAACAGAACAAAUCGCUCACGAAUGCCAAAUCUGAAUGAUUUAAAAGAGACAGCCUUGUAAUUUAUGCUGGGAUGGAGGGUGUGUUUUGAGGGGGGAAGACAAGCCAGUUGGG